AUGAUAACAGAAAGUGUAAAUGCAGAGGAGACCAAGUCGCAGUUUCAGGACAAUGUACAUGUCCUGCAGGACAAGAGUUUAACGGAUCAAUGUGCUCCGUUUGUGGCCAUUUUUGCAAAGUUUGUACAGCUGAAACUUUGGUUUGUACUGAAUGCAUCGAUAGCUCCAGAAUGCAAUUUGGUUCAUCAGAUAAUAAAAUCUGUGAGUGUAAAGGAUCAAGCCAAACUACAACAGCUAAUGGUUGUAUAUGCGAUGCUGGAAAAUACUUUAAAAACAAUGACUGCGUUUCAUGCGGGUCACUUUGUGCUGCCUGCGCAGAUACCACUGGAAUUUGCAGCUCUUGCUUUGAGGAUACUAUGACAAAAAGUGAUGACAAUUUAA